AUGGCUGCGCUCGCACCGCCGCCACCACCAGUAUCGGUGUACCACCAGCACCCUCCAUCCUGCUACGCCCCACGUAAGGCUUCGGGGACAACCGCCGCACUCCCUGCAGUGAGCACCCCACGAACGCCUGCCAGCGCCGACGCACACCAGAUCCGGGCAGAGAUCCCCAGACCCGCACCCCGGUCGCCGCCAGCCUGCGCCACCGACCCGCCCCUAGCCAACCACCGCCAGGGGCGAGUCGCCGCGGCACUACCAGUCCCUGCUCCGCCAGCUCCCGGAGGACCGACAACUGCCCGCCGCCGCGCGCCACAUCCCCCGAGCAACGCCCAGCUCCAACCUCCGAGCGCCGCCGUCCGUGGCCGCCAGAUCCGGCCAGACCACGUCCGGCCACGCCAUCCCGGAGCAGCGCCCCGCUCCAACCAGCACCGUCCGACCACGCCGACACAAUCCAGACGCGCGCCGCCGCCGGUUUGCCUGACCCCAAGAGGAAGGCAUCCCGCGCCACCGGAGAGCCUCGAGGGAAGGGGAGGGGACCCCGCCACGGCCGACGCGCACGGGCUUUGCCCGGCAGCGUCCGCUGGCAGCGGCAAGGGAGGGGAGGGGAGGUGGGGUGUGGCGGCGGCGGGGAUUAGGGAUCCGCCCGGGCCGCUCGCGGGAGCGGCACGGGGGACGGGGGAGGUGUCUCUCGCCUUCAGCUCCGUGGCAGGUUCAUUGAACCUCAUGUAG